CAAGCAUACAUUCCUGUUGCAGCCAUCAAAGCCUAAGGAUUACCAGCGAGACAGCUUUACGAACAAGUGAAUCUCGUGUUUUAAAACAACAAACCAUAUAGUGUGUGUGAAGUGUUGUAGAAUUUAAAGAAUUUUUUGCAACAAUAAUAACAAAAAAAAUUUGCUACAAAAUGCAUACCAAAGUGAUCUUAUUCGCAACGAUUGUGGCCGGCGUUGCGCUCAGCACCGCCUUACCGGUUGCUGACCACGAAAAUGGCAAGUAUCAGAAUUCGGUAGAUAAUAAAAAUGAUGGCAAAUAUCAUCCAAGCAAUGAUGGCAAAUAUCGACCAAGUUCUCGCGGCGAAGGCGCAACAGGCGGUUACUAUGAUGCUCAGGGUCAUUACGUACACAGCUCCCAGCCGUAUCGUCACGUGCACGAUAAUCGAGAACUUGGCAAAUAUACGCACAUCCCCUACCCCUACGAUGGUGGUUAUGGGCCAUACAAUGGUUCUAACAUUCCAUAUAUGCAUGUCGAUGUGCCCUAUGACCACAAUCUUUACACAUCCACCACAACAACAACGAAGAAACCCACUACCACCACUACCACAACAACAACGACUACAACAACCACAACUCCACGUACGGUAUUAUUCAACUACGAAGAGGAGGGCAAAUACAAGGUGGUACAUCAAGAGGAUGCACGCAAAGAGGACAAAUAUGAUCAUUCUUACUUGACUGAGAACGGCAUCUAUGGCGAAGAGCAAGCGAAAUUGCACAAAAAUGGCGGCACCGACGCCAAGGGCUUCUACGAAUACACCGGCGACGAUGGCAAACUCUAUCGCGUGCAUUACGAGAGCAACCACAACGGAUUCGUAGCCAAGGGCGAUCACAUUCCCACACCACCACCAAUCCCAGAGGCCAUUGCACGCGCACUCAAAUAUGUCGAUGAUUUGUACAAAUCUCGUGGUGAGAAACCGAUGUUCGAUCAACGCGGUUUCCGCAUUGACAAAAUGUCAUCCAAGGACAUCAUGGCCAAGAUCAAGUCCAUCCACUUGGAGGAGAUGCCCAAAGAGAUUAGCGAGCAAAUCAUCGAAUUGCAACAUGAAAUGGAAGAGUACCAACAUAUGAUCGAGCAAUAUGAGCAAGAGCAACCGCGUGAGCAAUAUGUCGAAGAGUACACACCGACCGAGCAGCAACCACAACAACCAGAGCAGCCACAGCAGCAACAAUACUAUCAACAACAACAAUAUUACGAACAACAACAGCAACAAUAUGAGCAACAGUAUCAGGAAUACCAAAGGGAGUACUACAGCGAACCGGCUGCCACCGAGAGCACCGGCGCACAGGAAUACAACUAAACCAAGCAGUUUGCUGCAAACAGGUGCCAUUUAAUUAAAAGAGAGGAAGAAUAUAUACAUAAAUAGCAAUAACAAAUUUUGAACGGAUCGGUAAAUUGAGAAUUAGACGAAUUGCAGCGCAUAAGCUAAGUAACGAUUGGCUCGUUUAUAUAUUUGUAUAAUAUUUAAAACAAAAAAAAAACUUUUGCUGCUUUUACUUAUAUUUAUUUAAAUUAUGUAAAAGUUAACAAAAAACGAACUAAAAUUAAUUAUAAGUAACAACGAAAUAUUUACGCUUCACACACACAUCAACGCACAUAAACUGCCAUUAAGUCAACUGUUGGCUGAAACGAAAAGCGGCGAGGAAAUGGCGCGCAAACUCAGCAGCGUCUAAAGCCGCAUUUCAGCCACAACCAUGAAUCGUACGCACCAGGAAGUGAAGAAGUCACAAAAGACACAGAAGACACACAUCAACACGCUCAUCAGCUCUCAUCAGGCCAUCACAUACACGAACACACCCCUCCCCUACUGCAAAGUAACAAAACACAAAAAAAACAUUCCCCACAAAAACAAAAACAACAAGUAAAAAACGCAAAAAAAAAAAA